AUGAGAGCCUAUCUUUCCUGUCUUUUGAUGUUAAUAAUAAAGAAUCAUUACGACACAAAGUUCUGUAAUUUCUAUGUGGAAAACGAGAAACUAAAUGCUGUUCCCAUCAGCAUGGCAUCGCCACAAAACAUCUCAGUGGACCAGAUGAGGCAGAUUUUGACUGAAGUUCUUGAUGCCUUGGAGUCUCCUGACUACGCCUCUAAGCUCGACGAAGCCAAGGAAGCCGCAGGCAAUGAGAUGCUCAAAAUGAUGCAGAUAGUCUUCCCGAUGGUUGUACAAAUUGAGAUGGAGACUAUUAAACAUCAUGGUUUCCCUAAUUCUAGAGAAGGUAUUGUCCAGUUCACUCAACUAGUUCGUGAGAUGGAGAGUCUCGAUGGAUCCAUAUUACAGGAGGCUGCCGGCUGCUGGAUGUGCAGCAAGCAAUGA